AUGUCUGUUAACCAAGUACCGCCAGAGACAAUCCCAGUCCCUGCGACUCCUCACUCGCCCAACUCGAAACUUCCCGUCGUCGUGUACCGAGGCGCACUACUAGACAAAACUCUUGAGGGUGCGCUGCAGGCCGUGGACACCAGCGAGUGGCCCAAAGGUGGCCACUGGAAGAUUGCACAAGAGAACCUGGCCGCGACUCCACAUUACCACUCGAUCACGCAUGAAGCGUAUACAGUCCUGCACGGCCACGGAACAUAUUCUUUGGGAAAGUCGCCUCUAGAUGCUGAAGUUGAUUCAGACGGGAAUAACGUGGGUGUCACACUGACUGUGCGCGAGGGAGAUGUAUUUGCAUUUCCUUCGGGUGUUACACAUUGCGUGACAGAUGUGUCGCCGGAUUAUGAGAUUAUAGGCUUCUAUUCUUUGAAUGAGAGAAACUCGACAGAGGAGCCGUAUGAUAUGGAGUAUGCCCUCGACUCCCCUGAGGUGACAUGUAAGAAACGCGAGAUCUGCGAGCUGGUUCCUACCCCAGUACAUGAUCCGAUCUAUGGCAAGACAGGCCCACUGCCUGAGCUUUGGCGGAGGACAUAG